AACAUUCCUACUUCAAAUGUUGAUAUACAUUUAACACGUAUAUAUACAUAUAUAUACGUACACAGCUAAAGCAGUAUGGUACAUUGACAGUGUGACUUUCGUUGCCGUGACGCGUAUUGAUUCACUAAAUACAUCAUUGUUGCCGAUAGUGAAUUGAUUUUGACAGAUUGUUUAGCUUUAUUCGAAAUGGGAGUAAUAUUUCUUGAACAUAUCGGUGGCACUCGCCUAUUCUCUUGUGCUUCCUGUGACACUAAUCUCACCAACAGGGCAAACCUCGUAAGCACACGCUUCACGGGUGCCACGGGACGUGCAUUUCUUUUUAACAAAGUCGUCAAUCUGAAUUAUAGCGAGGUACAAGAUAGAGUGAUGCUGACAGGUCGUCAUAUGGUUCGAGAUGUCAGUUGCAAAAACUGUGACGCUAAGCUCGGAUGGGUGUACGAAUUUGCAACAGAUGAGCAGCAGCGCUACAAAGAAGGUCGUGUUAUCUUGGAGCGAGCUCUUGUCACAGAGAGUGAUGGAUUGAAUGAGAAUAAUUAAUAUAAUACAGCAUAAUAUUUAUACUACAUAGCAUUUAGUAUAUUAAGUAAUAACUAACAUAGUUUUCUUACAUAAGUUAUUAUAAUCUUCAUAUUGUUCGGUUUUAAUCUUGUUUUUGAUUAGUGCCGAACAUGUUUGUGUAAUUAAGUAUUGACAACAUUGAUUGUGAUGUAAUUGUGAUAACCAGUGUUCAACAUUUUCGUGAAUAUGGUGUGGUUUCUUUUUUAUUCAAAGAAACUUUUCAAAACCUGUCCUUGUUUAUGUUAUUCUUGAAUUUAGUAUACCAUUUGUAUCAGAUCUUGUUCACGACAAUCGUUGAAUCCGUAUAAGAGUAAGCAUCAUUAAUAUUUUCUUGUACAUAUAGAUGGAACAUCACAAACUUUAAUGGCAAAUAUGUACGUUAAGAAAAUUAAGAAAACGUGAGUAUGUAGAAUUGAGCAACUGUACAUCUAUGAGAGAGUGCAAUAUAAGCAUAAAUGGGACAGUA